UUCCCAACAUGAUUAUUGACUGACUUCCGGGUAAAGAGUGAAAGUUUGGUGCGGAAAAAACACUAAAUUGAGAUGUCGAAUCAGGUAACAGCGGAAACUUACAUCCGCAAACUCCCGUAUUCUGCCAUCCUAAAACUCGUAAAUUUCUUGGAACCAGACCAGCUGUGGAAAAGGUUUUUGUGUCACAUCCCAAAACAACUGGAUGGAAAUAAUUUUGAGGAGAGAUACAAUACAUCUCAGGCGCAGAUGAUCGAAAACAGAGCAUCCAAACCUGGUGCUUACGCUACCAAAAUUAUACUGGAAGAUUGGGGAACACAGAAUGCCCGUGUAAGACAUCUGAUCAAAGUUCUGUGUAAGGCUCGACUCUAUGCAGCAGCGGAUUAUCUAUCUGUCACUCAACUCAAAGGAGACCCUGUGCCACGAGAAGACGAACCCAUUUUGUCACCUGUAGGUUCCUGCUCUCUAACUCCAAAUGAGCAGAAAAAUCUGGAGAACAGAAGCUUUGAAAAAAGAGAACUAUACAACAGAGUGAAGGUGCCAGACACUGCCUCUGUCCAGCCGGACAGCUCAACAGAUAAUGACACAAGCACCACCUGUAGUAGUCAGGACUCAGCGAGACACGAUUCUCUCUCCUUCGCGCAUCGUCACCCCUCGGAAAAUGGUGUGAUGGUGAACAGAAUCGAGUCCUAUGACAGUGGAAAACAGAGUCCCAAUCUGGAUGCUGCACCGUCCUGUUCAGAGUCCUCAGAAAAACAUAUCCCAAAACAACUCUCCGCGGUCUACCAGCCCGGGUCUCAAGCCAUCAACUUCGCAGUGCUGCAGUAUCACACUAAUAACUUUGACGAUAGGCCAGCUUCCCAGGGCGGUAGUGUUAUAGGAAGGGGAGGCUUUGGAACAGUGUAUAAAGCUAGUUUUUCCAACCAGUAUGUUGUGGCUGUCAAGAGACUUAAAGAUCCAGAGGAUCCGGUCAUGCAAAAGCAGUUUGAGACAGAACUGCAAACACUUGCAAAUUAUCAUCAUGAAAACAUUGUGGAGCUAGUGGGGUACUCUAUCGAUGGUCCAGAAAAGUGUUUAGUAUAUGAGUUCAUGCCCAAUGGCUCUCUAGAGGACAGACUCCACUGCUUGAAUGGCACGGCACCCUUGUCCUGGCACUUAAGACUAAACAUAGCCUGUGGAACAGCAAAAGGAAUUGUGUACCUGAAUGACUGUGGUUUAGUUCACAGGGAUAUCAAAAGUGCAAACGUUUUACUGGACGAAAAUUUUGUGCCGAAAGUAGGUGAUUUUGCCACCGCGAGACUCGCUCCAUCUGGAAGUAGCACCACAGUGGCUUCUACAAAACUAGUGAUCGGAACUUCUGCCUACAUGGCUCCGGAGGCCAUUAGGUUUGACAUAUCAGCUAAACUAGACUCCUUUGCUUUUGGUGUGGUGCUUUUGGAAAUUUUAACAGGUCUUCCACCGAGUGACAGCACUCGAGAAGAGACAGACCUUUUGAGUCAUGUUGUUGAGAAUGUAGAAGAAAGUAUCAUUCCCCUUCUCGACCCCCGGGCAGGGGGUUGGUGCACCCAGACCGCUGACGAUCUGUUCAUGAUUUCACAGCGUUGUUUGGUAGAUAGAAAGAAAGAUAGAGUCCUAGUCAAGGAUAUACUUCCUGAUAUACAGACUCUGGUGGCCAGAUUUAGCUGAGAGAUAGAGAAAGAUUGAGAGCUAGAAAGAGCAUAAACAAUUACAGUUUCGAUGUUAUGAAACUUUGAAUAUGGUCAUUAUUGUUUUGCAGAAUCUUGAUAAAUUUUUUUCACCAAUGCACAGGUAGUGCAAAUAGUGAAUAGAUCUAUUAAUCUUUUUUUUUUCUUUUUUUUAACAAAUUAUAGUUGAUUGAAAAUAAGAAAGCCCCUAUUCCCUGAAACACGAAGAUUUGCACCACAAAAUUUAACUGAAUCAGAUAAGUAAACUUCACAAAGAUACAUGCACAUGCGAAGGGAUUCAUAUACAUGUAUAUCCAACUUUGUAAAAUAAUAUUUCCAUUUCUUCUUUUGGAAUCUUUUAGAGGAAUUGUGUGCAUACAUAGAGUUUUGUGUGUAAAUGGGGUGUUAAAUGAAAUAUAAGAGUUUAUCGAAACAGGUUAACUUUUUUCUCUUCAUACUUUAUUUGUUUCUGUGCAUUUGUUAAUGCAGGGCAUUAUUCAAGUUUGUACUUUCAUUUAUAGUGUUAAGGGGGGAGGGGUGUUGAACCUAUACCUUUCUAGAUAAGUGAAAAUGCUGAUUUCUGCAGUUAUUCUGUUUGAAUUAUCAAGCUCAAUAUUACUAACAUAUCUUUACAAUACCAAUAUGGUAUAAUGAAAACUACUAGUAUUGCACAGACGUAGUAAGCAUUGAUAUCUUGAUUUUACUUUAUAUUAAUCCUUGUGCCAAAACAUAGUGACAAAGAAAAGUCAUUCCAACAAUCGUAAAGUCACUGUACAAUAAUGACAUUGUGUAUACAUUCCUAAUUUAUGAAAUAUUAUUAGUUCAUUUAAUAGUUUGCUAAUUGGAAUAACUAAAUGAUCUGUAGUACUGUAAAUUCCUUGUUUUACACGAGUACUUAAUUCCACGACUCCACUGUUUUGUAUCAAAAUCGGGAGAGUAUAAAAUCAGGAGCACCAAUUUUUGGCUAUAAUUUCUUAACCCUAGUUCAAAACUGUCUGAAGAAUAUAAGCGUGCUUAUAAAAUCGGCGAGGGUUGCUUCUCGCGAUUAUUUAUGGAUAUUAAUUCCAUGCGUUUAAUUAGGAAUUGAUCUACAGUAUCUUUGUAGAUGCUCAUUCAAAGGUUAGUGAAAUUGAUACAGCAUGCACCCUGGCUACCACUUCAAUCCCCAGUUCUUUGGAAUCUAUUCUUAAUGUACAGCACCUGAUGAAUUGUACUAGUACUGAUGGUGUAUAGCAUCAAGUGAAUUACUAUUAUACAGUUUUCUGGCAAAUUGUACUGGUUCUGGUAAUGAAACCUGGUUCAUCUGUUGCCAUCUUACACUGGCAAUAUCUGAGCGCAUUUUGUACAGGUGAACCAUAUUUGUUUUUUCAUGUUUAUAUGUAUGUCUAUAAAUACCGAUAGUUUUAGAAUUUGCACAGAGUUCAUUUUAAACCACUGAUUUGAAUUUUAUCUUUUAAAAAAAUCCCUAGAUAUCAAUUGUUUUCCUUAUUUUUAAAAAUAUGAAUUAUAAAGAUCAUACUCGGAUCAAAAUUUUUUAGGUAGAAAUUAUAUCCAUGUCAUAUCACCUGGCUUGUAUACUUUUUCAAUGUAGGCAGUUAUCAGCAUUCAUUUCAGUAAAUGAUAUGUUUUAUCCCUGGACUGCUCUGACAAGAGGCUAGGAAGGCCGUGGUCAUUAACAGGGGGGUAUGUGUUUACAUGGCAACCAAUACUUGGGAACUGGCUGUCAUUCAGUAACUCCACCAUUUCUUAAUUGUUAUGUAUUUGUAUCAGUUGUUGUUAAGUUUCCAUGGUCUUGUAUGUUUCUCUCCAUGACUGUUAGUCAUUUUUUGUAGAAAUAUGUAGGUAUGUGGACUGGUUAUCAAAUGAUUCAUUAAAUAAAAACAAUAAAAGAGUAGAGCGUACAA